GAGCGGAGCCGGGACUGCCCAGGUGGAGCAGGGGCCCCAGCCAGCGCAGACCCGGAGGUGCACCGGCACCGCACCGCACGGUUCGGCGCGGGGCAGAGCGGAGCCGCAGCCCCACGCGCCGCCCGGGACCCACUCGCCACCGCCGCCUCCGCAGCACCCAUGGGGACCAGGAGACUUUAAAGGAGUUUGGGGUUUCGGGAGCAGGGAAAUCACGGAUCCCUGCUCCUGGCCCUAGUGUCGCCGCGUCAUUGAUGGGCAACCAACUGGACCGCAUCACCCACCUCAACUACAGCGAGUUGCCCACAGGGGACCCAUCGGGAAUUGAGAAGGACGAGCUGCGGGUCGGGGUCGCUUACUUCUUCUCAGAUGAGGAGGAGGACCUGGACGAGCGCGGGCAGCCAGACAAGUUUGGCGUAAAGGCCCCCCCAGGCUGCGCCCCCUGCCCAGAGAGCCCCAGCCGCCACCACCACCACCUGCUGCACCAGCUGGUCCUCAACGAGACUCAGUUCUCCGCCUUUCGAGGCCAGGAAUGCAUCUUUUCCAAAGUGAGCGGCGGACCUCAGGGCGCGGACCUGAGCGUCUACGCGGUCUCCGCGCUGCCCGCGCUCUGCGAGCCCGGCGACCUGCUGGAGCUGCUGUGGCUGCAACCCGCGCCGGAGCCGCCCGCGCCCGCCCCGCACUGGGCCGUCUACGUGGGCGGCGGGCAGAUCAUCCACCUGCACCAAGGCGAGAUCCGCCAGGACAGCCUGUACGAGGCGGGCGCGGCCAACGUGGGCCGGGUGGUGAAUAGCUGGUACCGCUACCGCCCGCUGCUGGCUGAGCUGGUGGUGCAGAACGCCUGCGGCCACCUGGGCCUCAAGAGCGAGGAGAUCUGCUGGACGAACUCGGAGAGCUUCGCCGCCUGGUGCCGCUUUGGCAAGCGGGAGUUCAAGGCGGGAGGGGAGGUGCCGGCCGGCACGCAGCCCCCGCAGCAGCAGUACUAUCUCAAGGUGCACCUGGGGGAGAACAAAGUCCACACGGCCAGGUUUCACAGCCUGGAAGACCUCAUCCGCGAGAAGCGCCGCAUCGACGCCAGUGGCCGCCUGCGAGUGCUCCAGGAGCUCGCUGACCUCGUGGACGACAAGGAGUAGCCGCGGAGGGGCUGCCUGCCCCGCCUUCUCCCCGCAUCCGCUCCCUUCCCGUCCCCGCACCCGGGCCUCGCGGCCCGCGAUUCCGCCCCACGCCCCGCUAGCGCGUCCGCCGCCGGUGGCCAGUGCCCGGGCUGCACCCUCGCACCCCUCCGGCAAGUGACAGGAAGUCUCAGGAACUGACCCUGGGGCCGAAAGGGCGCAGCUGCGUGCGCCUGGCUGAGAGUCCCGUUGGUGGUGACGGUGUUGGGAGACCCAGCGUGCGCUUCUCCUUUGCGUUGUAAGGGGGUAAAGGGGAAUGGGCUGAGGGGAGCAAGGACAUGGCCCGCGUGUCAAUGGUUAGUGACUAUCACCCGACAGGGUCACAACCCUUUUCUAAAAAGGGACCAUUACCGCCCCAAAUGCGCACACACAGAUCGGUCGGAGGCGAGAACUGGUCUUUUCAGGACACAGUUCAGCUCUUGUACGGAUGUAUCCCCAGAUCGCAGGAUUUCCAAGAAAUCGAGUCUGUCCCUUGUGCACUUGUGAAUAAUUCCACAAGAGAGCACUUUGGGACUCCGGGUUAUCCUGAGGCUGCCCGGGACCUUUCCAGCUGUCCAGCCCCAGGUCUCCGGACGUUGAGCUCCAGGCUCCGGGCUGAGCUAGCUAGUGUUUGCUUCCUGUUCCUUCCACCGAGGGAAGCGAACGCCACCCCCACCGCGUUUUGCCUGUGAGUCUCCCUAGCUGGUAGGAGGGAAGGCUUCCCGGUCCCGGGAGGAAAAUGGCGCAGCUAAUUUGGUGAGGAGAGCCGGCCCCGCCCCCGAAAGGAGAUAGUUCGCCAGGUGUCUGGAAACUUGAAGGUGGGAAGAAGGGCGCUUAGUGUUCUGAACCCUUGGGCUGCAUUUCAAAAACAGUCAUAUUUUUAAAGGGGUUAGAGGAGGGGGAGGGAGAGGACAUGGCAACAUUCCAGAAACCAGCAUUAUUACAACACCAUAGCCAGUAUGUUUAGUUUGGCUUUUCCUAACAUAGAAAUCUUAGAAGGUGGGGGAAGUGGAAAUAAAGUUUUAAAAAAGAGACAGCAGUUUUCCAACUAUGUCAACAAAGCCUAUCGUGUUGAUGUUUUUAUUGACCAUUUUAGCAACAUGCUAAUAAAAUUUCAAAUUGAAA